AUGGCAUCUCCCGGCUCCGGCUUUUGGUCCUUCGCGUCUGAAGAUGGUUCCGGGGAUCCCGAGAACCCUGGCACAGCGAGGGCCUGGUGUCAGGUGGCUCAGAAGUUCACGGGCGGCAUCGGAAACAAGCUGUGCGCCCUGCUCUACGGGGACGCCGAGAAGCCGGCGGAGAGCGGCGGGAUCCAGCCCCCGAGGGCCACCUCCCGCAAGGCCGCCUGCGCCUGCAACCAGAAGCCCUGCAGCUGCCCCAAAGCGGGGGUCAACUACGCGUUUCUACACGCAACAGACCUGCUACCAGCGUGUGAUGGAGAAAGACCCACUUUGGCAUUUCUGCAAGAUGUUAUGGACAUUUUGCUUCAGUAUGUGGUGAAAAGUUUCGAUAGAUCGACCAAAGUGAUUGACUUCCAUUACCCCAAUGAGCUGCUUCAAGAAUAUAACUGGGGAUUGGCAGACCAACCACAAAAUUUGGAGGAAAUUUUGAUGCAUUGCCAAACAACUCUAAAAUAUGCAAUCAAAACAGGGCAUCCCAGAUAUUUCAAUCAACUUUCUACAGGACUGGAUAUGGUUGGAUUAGCAGCAGACUGGCUGACCUCAACAGCAAACACUAACAUGUUCACCUAUGAAAUUGCUCCAGUAUUUGUGCUUUUGGAAUAUGUCACGCUAAAGAAAAUGAGAGAAAUCAUUGGCUGGCCUGGGGGCUCUGGCGAUGGGAUAUUUUCUCCUGGUGGCGCUAUAUCCAACAUGUACGCUAUGCUGAUUGCGCGCUUUAAGAUGUUCCCUGAAGUCAAGGAGAAAGGGAUGGCUGCGGUCCCCAGGCUCAUUGCCUUCACAUCUGAGCAUAGCCAUUUUUCUCUCAAGAAGGGAGCUGCAGCGUUGGGCAUUGGAACAGACAGUGUGAUUCUGAUUAAAUGUGAUGAAAGGGGGAAAAUGAUCCCAUCUGAUCUUGAAAGAAGGAUCCUUGAAGCCAAACAAAAAGGAUUUGUCCCUUUCCUUGUGAGUGCCACGGCUGGGACCACCGUGUAUGGAGCGUUCGAUCCCCUGUUAGCUGUUGCUGACAUUUGCAAAAAGUAUAAGAUCUGGAUGCACGUGGAUGCAGCUUGGGGUGGGGGAUUACUGAUGUCCCGGAAACACAAGUGGAAACUGAGCGGCGUGGAGAGGGCCAACUCUGUGACAUGGAAUCCACAUAAGAUGAUGGGCGUCCCUUUGCAGUGCUCUGCUCUCCUGGUUAGAGAAGAGGGAUUGAUGCAGAGUUGCAACCAGAUGCAUGCCUCCUACCUCUUUCAGCAAGAUAAACACUACGACCUGUCCUACGACACCGGAGAUAAGGCCUUACAGUGCGGACGUCACGUUGAUGUUUUUAAACUCUGGCUAAUGUGGAGAGCAAAGGGGACCACCGGGUUUGAAGCACAUAUUGAUAAGUGUUUGGAGCUGGCGGAGUAUUUAUACAAUAUCAUCAAAAACCGAGAAGGUUAUGAAAUGGUGUUUGAUGGAAAGCCUCAGCACACAAACGUCUGCUUCUGGUAUGUACCUCCGAGUUUGCGUGUUCUAGACAACAAUGAAGAGAGAAUGAGCCGCCUCUCUAAGGUGGCUCCAGUGAUUAAAGCCAGAAUGAUGGAGUAUGGGACCACAAUGGUGAGCUACCAGCCCUUGGGAGACAAGGUCAAUUUCUUCCGCAUGGUCAUCUCAAACCCCGCAGCAACUCACCAAGACAUUGACUUCCUGAUUGAAGAAAUAGAACGCCUUGGACAAGAUUUAUAA